GGAAGAAGAAAGGAUAAGAUCCUCCGCCACAAAAAACACUGAUACCGACUGAACCAGCAGCGACGGCUCUUCUUCUUCUUCUCCUUCUUCUUCCAUUCGUUCACCCGAAAUGGCGUCGUUGCAGAACUACCCCUCGGUCCACCGCUCUUUUCCUCCCAGCUCUCUUCCUCAGCUGGCGUCGCAGAGGCACGGCACGCUGCCCUGCUGCAGGAGAAGCGCGGCCGCGCCGUGCGUUGUCAGAGCCGAGCAAGUAGCUUCCUCACCUUCGACUUCGCCUUCCCUCGGAAGGCGUCAACUGCUGGCUCUCGGAGUCGCCGUUCCAGGAAUUGUGGCAGUUAACCAAAAUUCUGUCUCAUUUGCUGCAGAAAGUAAAAAGGGAUUUCUGCCUGUAACGGACAAAAAGGAUGGUUACUCAUUUCUGUAUCCAUUUGGAUGGCAGGAAGUGGUAAUUGAAGGUCAAGAUAAGGUGUUUAAAGAUGUCAUUGAGCCCCUAGAAAGUGUCAGUGUCAAUUUGAUCCCCACGAACAAAGAGGAUAUACGGGAUUUAGGUCCACCUGAACAGGUUGCAGAAACUCUGAUACAAAAGGUUUUGGCCCCUCCUUCUCAAAAGACAAAACUCAUCGCUGCAAAGGAGCAUGAUGUUGAUGGGAAGGCAUACUACACGUUCGAGUUCGUUGCUAAAGCUCCAAACUAUACUCGCCAUGCUCUCAGUACCAUUUCUAUUGGCAAUGGUAAGUUCUAUACCUUGACAACUGGGGCAAACGAGAGGAGGUGGGGGAAGAUGAAAGAUAAAUUAGAAACGGUAGUCGAUUCCUUCAAAAUUUUCACUGUAUAUGACGGAGCUGCCUAGUUUUUGGAUAACCAUUAAGGGCAAGCAAACCAGUUCUGAUUAACAAGAACAAUUAUCCCUUUCUUGAGUUGUGCAAGGUUAAUGGCCGCCAUCACUGUUAUCGGACUGAAUCAUUUUUUGUAAGAGGAAAAGCUUCAUUUGGUUUAUAAAAAUUUGAUAUAUUUGUAUAAUUUUCAUUCAGAGAACGAGAUGGUACUGGUGCUGCUUAAAUAUCUGUAUAAAAGAUUCUUGAUUUGAA